CCCUGCCUGUCAGUUAGCGACAAGACUCCCCCCCUCUCUGCCUGCCGAGCACAAACGCUGUCGGGAGAGUAAAUACAGAAAGCCCCAAGAUGGCGGAGUCACUGAGCUUCAUUCACUUUGGUGCAGCGACCAAAAGCCCGCUCGCCAAACCGAAAGAGCGGAAAGUAGCGUCGGAGACCCGGCCGCAGUCUUCCCGGGACAUUCACCCGCCGCCGCCCAAGCGAAUCCGAAACGACGAGAAGAGCCUUAAACCUAAGAAACUAAACGGGGAAGGAGGUGCAGGGGGAGGUGGCGGCGCAGUGGAGAAGCAGCACCAGAAGCAGAGUUCAGGCAACCCGACAACAUGGAGCUUCAGCCCGGUCAAGGCGAGCAGCAACUCAUCCGCGCCCCUCGAGCCUCCCAUUCACAAAGUGUUCAAGCAGAGCGCUUUCCUCGCCUCGCAUACCAAACCACCAUCCAAAAAGCCCAAGGAAAAACGAGUGAAAGAGAAGGAUUUCAAGGAAAAGAAGAAACAUAAACCAAUCCCUGGUACUCCUGGAGAUAAUAUUAGCAGCAGUCUGAGUAACGUCACUUCAGUAAUGAAGAAGGAGAACGGGGAGAUGAACUUGGUGCAGAAAGACCACAACAGGAAGGACAAGACGAAGGACAAGACGAAGGACAAGACGAAGGACAAGACGAAGGACAAGACGAAGGAGAAGACGAAGGAGAAGAAGAAACACAAAGUGAUGAAUGAGAUCAAGAGGGAGAACGGAGAGGUGAAGGUCCUUCAGAAAGACAAGCAGAAACCCAAAAUAAACUCGGAGGAGCUCCAGAUUAAGAAGGUGAAGAAGAAAAAGAAGAAGAAGCACAAAGAGGGAGAGAGAAUGAAGGAGAAGUGGAAACGGCCCAAGAUGUACAGCAGGUCCAGCCAGACGAUGUGUGCUGGUCUCCUCUCUGAGCUCCACGCAGGCCUGGCCUCCAAACAACACCACCACCACGGCCACACAGAGUUCAAACCCCCGCUCCCCGUCCACCACACCUCCACCACCUCAUCCACCAAACAGGAGAACUGCUACAGCCCCUCUCCAGCUCUGUCCCUCUCCAAGCCCCUAUGGAGCAGCAGUAGUAGCAGUAGCAGUAGCAUUAGCAGUUGGGACCCAGCAUCCCCCAUGACAUCCCCCCUUCAGACCUCCCAGAUCCCCAAGCCCCAGCCACGGUGCCCCCAGCCUGGCUUUGAGAACCUGGAGUUUGCCCGUUUCAUCCAUGUAGAGGAACAACCCAACGGCGGUGCCCUGGUGGCACACGGCUACUCCAGCGAGCUCUCGGCCCUGUCUCCAGCGGAGAUGCAGCGGUUCGCCCAGGAGUUUGUUACCCUAGCCUUCAGCGAGGACCCGUCGUCCCAGGCCGCUCACUACGUGAUGGGCAUCAUCCACGGGGCGGCCUCCUACCUGCCAGACUUCUUGGACUACUUCUCCUGGAAGUUCCCCUCAUCGCCGGUCAAGAUGGAGAUCCUGGGGAAGAAGGACAUAGAGACUACCACCAUGCUCAACUUCUACAAUCAGGUGAGGACGCUGUUUGUUUGUUUUAGCGCUGGCUGCUGUAUUUGUAACAGUAUUUGAUGCUAAAUGUGUUAC